AUGACUCCAAUAGAUCACACUAUCCUUCAAAGUAAUGGCGUUACGACGGCAAUAGAACUCAACAAUCGAAGCUUGCAAGCUUGCAAAUACGCCUCAGCUCUCAAUCCUACACAACAGAUUAAGGAAUUGACAAGAGAAAUGGCCGCUUACACCAUGAAAUUCAAUUUCUCCGACGGUGUUCGAAGAUCGACUAUGAGUUUCGUGACACGAUCUACCAAAUAUAUCAACAAGUUUAUCUAA